AUGUGUUCCAAGGCAGCGCCUGCGACAAUCUACCGAAAAUGCGGCCAUAAGUCUGACGGCGUUGAGAAAACAUACAAAUAUUUCCCCGGAGAAUGCCUCAGCGUUGGACCGUCUCAAGGCCUUGUGUACGCCAUCAACCAAGAGAUCGUUAUCAAGGUGCCGUUUCAGUACCCGGUCCUCGAGGAUACAAGCACGCAUCACUUGCUAGAUCUCUCCCUCAGAAGUUUCGUUUCUCUAGAAAAAGAAUUGGCGGUUUACCAAACCAUAAAAGCCCACCCACAUCUCAAUAUCACUCGAAGACUGGAAACCGAUGAGGCUAAUUGUUUAUUUCUGGAACGGCUCACACCGCUGGAAGCAGCAUGGCGUACCUCGAAUGAACCAGACCGACGACGCUGGGCCUUGGAACUACUCGAUGCAGUACGUUGGUUGGAGAAUCAGGGUUGGGCCAAUGGUGACCUUGCUGUGCGGAACCUCGGUGUCGACAGCACGAAUCGCCUGAAAGUGUUUGACUUUGGGUCUGCUGUUGAUCGCUGCCAUCCGGACUACGAGAAUGAUUUAAGAAGGGAUCAUUUUGACCUAGCGACUUGUCUACAUUUUAUUCUUUCAGGGAUCGAUCCAUUUACUGGGGCGAACUCAUACGCUGAGGUCAAGAAAGUUCGGGCAACGCUGGAGAGCGGCCAUGGAGUUGUUGGACCUGGCGCUGAAGUUUUGACUGGUAUUAUCCAAGACGGUUGGACUGGACGUGGUUCUACAAGAUUUAGUCAGGAUUUUGAGCGAGCCUUUGAUAUCCUCGGUCCUCUGGCUCGCAGCACUCCGACAGACCAAUCUGAGAGCCACUAUCAACGCCUUGAAUCUCAUUGCAGAGAUUGGCUUCACAAUUCACCACGGAACCCACAUUGGAAGGAUGUCGAAGGGUACCUGUUGGAUUGUAAGGCGGUGGGGCUCGAAGCAGAUAUGGACAUGUGGCGUUGA